UUAACCAGUUAAAUUGCGUUUAAGAGUGACAUAUAGACUCCAAUAUUGGUCUAUGUCUUCUGGAACACAUGAGGUGGAAAUGGUUCGUAUUUAAAUGCUAGAGCUUCUACGACAUUUUUGUAAAUGGGUUUACAACAAUUUAAAAUGUGGAAAAGCUGUUGACAUUUGUAUUGGAUUUGCCCAAGCUGAGCCAGCAAAUUGCAAAAAGAAAAAUCGCAAACAUGGACGGUUUUGAAGAAUUAAAGAAUGACUUUAAUAUUUGGAUAUUCUUUUUGCAUUCUUCUACAACCAUUUUCCUACAAGAGUUUUCUGCUUAUUUUCACUUAAUUUUUUUAGUAGUUGUAUUCAUUUCAUGGGCUUCCAAGAGACCCAAGAUGCCUACUUUUGAAAAUUCCAAACCAAUGUUGAAGGAUACAUACUUUUACUAUUCAUUAGCCCUAAGAUCUUGUAUAGGUCUGUCUUUCUGUGGUCUUCUCCUAUGCGUGUUAAACUAUCUCUUUGAGUAUAGCCAUGGUUGGUCUGAUCUAAUGAUUGUUGCCCAAUUGGAUCUUGCAUCUAGAAUACUCACUUGGUUUGUUAUAUCUAUUUACUUUAACUCCCAGUUUUCCCAGUCAAGUGAGCACAAGUUCCCCAUUCUACUAAAGAUUUGGUGCGUCUUCUACUUCCUAAUGUCUUGUUCUUAUAUUGUUAUACAUCUUGGUAUGUAUUGGAAACAUUCUUCCUUACCAUUCCUGCUAUGGGUCUCUGAUGCAGUAUCCAUUAUUGUUAUUUUGUUAUUUUGUUAUACUGGGUUGCUUGGCAAGGGUCGAGAAGAAGAAAAUUUCAAUCUCUUGGAGCCUCUUUUAGAAACUAUUACUGGCCAAAACAAUAGUCAUGAUGAGCAAGGAGCAAGUGUUGGUGGAGAGAGUAUAACUCCUUAUGCAAAGGCCAAUCUUAUAAAUCUUUUUACUUUCGCUUGGAUGGGCCCUUUGCUUACACUCGGGUAUAAAAAAACAUUGAACCUUGAAGAUGUUCCUCAGCUUGCCGAUUGUGAUAGUGCCAAUGUAGUAUUUUCUCAUUUUAUAAAUAAAUUUGAAGAUGACGAUGAUGAUGAUGACAGUUGUAAUGGGGGUCAGAUAAACACCCUUAAAUUGGUGAAGACAUUGAUUCUCUUAAUGUGGAAAGAAAUUCUAUGGACAGCUCUACUCUCCAUUGUAUACACAUUGGCUUCUUAUAUUGGACCAUACUUUAUUGAGCCAUUUGUACAGUAUCUCAAUAGCCCUCACCAAUUAAAAUAUAGAGGCUAUAUGCUAGUAUUUAUUUUCUUUCUUUCAAAGCUCAUAAAUUGCCUCUCAAAGAGACACUUAUUCUUUCAAUUGCGAAAGAUGGCAAUUAGGGUCCGUGCUGCCUUAUUCUCAAUAAUCUAUAGGAAGGGUCUCAGACUUUCGAGCCAAUCGAAGCAGAGCCACACUAGUGGGGAGAACACUAACUUGAUGAGUGUCGAUGUUGAGAGGAUUGGAUUUUUUUGUUGGUACCUGCAUGAUAUAUGGAGGGUGCCUAUUGAGAUUGUUCUAGCAUUAUUAAUCUUAUACAAGAGGCUUGGGAUUGCUUCACUUGCAGCUUUUGUUGCCACAAUUGUUUUGAUGUUAGCAAAUGUUCCACUGGGAAAACUACUGGAGAAAUUUCAAGGGAAACUGAUGGAUUCAAAGGAUCGAAGGAUGAAGGUGACAUCUGAGGCUCUAAGAAAUAUGAGAAUUCUCAAGCUCCAGGGCUGGGAGAUGAAGUUCUUGGCUAAGAUAAUUGAGCUCAGGGACACUGAAACAAGAUGGUUAAAAAAAGUACUUCAUACAUCAGCUAUUAGUGGCUUUGUCUAUUUUUCUGCUCCCAUGUUUGUUUCCAUGAUUACUUUUGGUUUUUGUAUCCUUAUAGGAAUUCCGUUAGAAUCAGGGAAGAUUCUAUCUGCACUUGCUACAUUUGAGAUAUUGCAAGAACCCAUUUAUAAUCUCCCAGACACAAUCUCUAUGGUAGUUCAGACUAAAGUUUCUCUUAAUCGGGUAGUCUCAUUCCUUUGUCUUGAUGAUCUUCAUUCGAAUAUAGUACAAAAGCUCCCAAGAGAUGGUUCUGAGGUUGCAAUUGAAAUAGUCAAGGGAAAUUUCUCUUGGAAUCUUAAUUCCCCUAGUCUUGUAUUAAAAGAUGUUAAUUUUCGAGUGUACCAUGGAAUGAGAGUGGCUAUUUGUGGUUCUGUUGGGUCAGGAAAAUCAAGUCUACUUUCAUGCAUAUUGGGAGAAGUGUCGAAGGUAUCUGGAGAUAUUGAAUUGAAUGGCACGAAAGCAUAUGUUGCACAAUCUCCUUGGAUACAGAGUGGCAAGAUAGUUGAUAAUAUAUUGUUUGGCAAGGAAAUGGACAAGGAAAGAUAUGAAAAGAUCCUUGAAGCAUGUUCAUUGAAGAAGGACCUAGAAGUCUUUGCCUUUGGGGACCAGACUAUCAUAGGGGAGAGGGGGAUCAACCUGAGUGGUGGACAGAAGCAAAGAAUCCAAAUUGCACGUGCUUUAUACCAUGAUGCUGAUAUUUAUCUACUUGAUGAUCCUUUUAGUGCUGUGGAUGCUCAGACAGGAACUCAUCUUUUUAAGGAGUGUUUGCUGGGAAUUUUAGGUUCAAAAACACUACUUUAUGUUACCCAUCAAGUAGAGUUCUUAACAUCUGCUGAUCUUAUCCUGGUUAUGAGAGAAGGAAGGAUUACUCAAAUAGGAAAGUAUGAAGAAAUUCUUAGUUCAGGAACUGACUUUAGUGAGUUAGUUGGUGCACAUGAAAAAGCUUUUUCAGACUUUAACUUUACAGGGCAUGGGGUUGCUUUAGAUAAUUUAGUCAAUGGUGAGGAAGAUAGUAACAUAUUAUGUAGAAAAAAGUCUAUUCAAAAUGAUAAGGAAAUAGAACCAAAAAAUGAUAAAACAGAAAAAAUUGUUCGAUUCGAAGAGCAACUUGUCCAAGAAGAAAAGAGAGAAAAUGGUGAAGUUGGUUUUUCAGUUUAUUGGAAGUAUAUUACCGCCACAUAUAAAGGGGCUUUUGUACCAUUAAUAUUGGUGGCACAAAUUCUUUUUCAGCUUCUCCUAAUAGUUAGUAGUUAUUGGAUGGUAAUGGGUACUCCCGAUUCGAAGGAUAUAAAACCUCAUGUUAAAGGAUCCACUCUCAUCUUUGUUUUUUUUACUUUAACAUUUGGAAGCUCUCUUUGUAUACUUAUAAGGUCUAUGCUCGUUGUAACUGUCGGAUACAAGACGGCUACAAUGCUUUUCAACAAAAUGCAUUUGUGUAUUUUUCGUGCUCCUCUAUCAUUUUUUGAUUCUACUCCAAGUGGAAGGAUCUUAAAUCGGGCAUCCAUAGAUCAAAGUGCACUUGAUAUCUCUAUCCCACAUGAAAUUGAAGCAUUUCUUAUUUCAAUCAUAGCAUUCGUGGGAACUACUGCAGUGAUGUCACAACUUGCAUGGCAAAUGUUAAUAGUUUUUAUUCCAGUGACUUUGACAUGCAUCUGGUACCAGAAAUACUACAUACGUGCAGCACGUGAACUAUCAAGAUUAUUUGGAGUUUGUCAGGCUCCAAUUGUACAACAUUUUGUUGAAUCUAGUCUAGGUUCAACCACAAUCAGGUGCUUCAACCAAGAAGAACGAUUUAUGGACACAAACCUAAAGUUGGUGGAUGGGUAUUCCCGACCCAAAUUCCAUUUCUCUGGUGCGAUAGAGUGGUUAUGUUUCCGCAUGGAUAUGUUGGCAUCCAUCACAUAUGCUAUUUGUUUGGUUUUCUUGAUCCUGGUACCAAAGGGAGUACUCAGUUCUGGUGUUAUGGGAUUAGCAGUUACAUAUGGGCUUAGUUUUAGUAUGCAUGCGAUCGUAUGGGAUCUUAAUAGGCUUGAGACCAAAAUCAUAUCUGUUGAGAGGAUACUACAGUACAUCUACAUCCCCAGUGAACCCCCUCUAUUGGUAGAAGACAAUAGGCCAAGUUGUGAAUGGCCAUCACAAGGGAAAGUUGAUAUUAUUGAUCUCCAGAUCCAAUAUGCCCCACACCUUCCACUUAUAUUACAUGGUCUCACAUGCACUUUCCCUGGAGGGAUGAAGAUUGGAAUCGUUGGGCGAACAGGAAGUGGUAAAUCAACUCUUGCAUUGGCUAUCUUUCGUGUGAUUGAACCUAUAGUUGGUCAAAUUUGGAUAGAUGGUAUCGAAAUCUCUAAGAUUGGCCUUCAUGACUUACGGUCAAGAUUGAGCAUCAUCCCACAAGACCCAACAAUGUUUGAGGGGACUGUAAGAAGCAAUCUUGACCCACUUGAAGUGUACAAUGAUGAACAAAUCUGGGAGGCUUUAGAUAAAGUCCAACUUGGUGAUGAAGUUAGAAAGAAGGAAAAGAAACUUUAUUCUGCAGUGACUGAGAAUGGAGAAAAUUGGAGUAUGGGGCAAAGACAACUAGUCUGUUUAGGGCGGGCAUUACUCAAGAGUAGUAAAUUAUUAGUACUUGAUGAAGCUACUGCAUCAGUGGAUACUGCAACUGACUAUCAAAUUCAACAAACUCUUAGGCAACAUUUCUCAGGGUCUACUGUCAUCACAAUCGCACAUAGGAUAACAUCAAUUCUUGAUAACGAUAAGGUCCUCCUUCUUGAUAAUGGCCUUGUACUAGAAUAUGACUCCCCAGCCAAAUUAUUAGAGACCAAGUCUUCAUCAUUUGCAAAGCUUUUUAAGGAAUAUACUCGAAGAUUUAAUUCCUAGUUUUUAAACAAUUAAAUAAGUGAAUUCUGAAUAUUCAAAUGUAAUUUUUUUUUUUUUUGAAACAAUGUUCAAGUAUAUGUAUAUUGCUUUAGGUUAAGGUGCAUUGCUAUUUUGAAUAUAACACAAAUUUGU